AUGAUUUUAUUUUAUUCUCAAGGAGGUGGCUUAUUUGCACCAUCAGAUAUUCCUGCAGGACUAUGCACUCACAUUCUUUAUUAUUUUGCAUCUUUCGACGACAGUGGAACAUCUAUAAAAUCGGAAUGGAACGAUGAAGAAAAUGAAGGAAAUGCUGAAUCACAAGGGACGUAUUCACUUGUAACAGAAUUCAAGAACAACGAUCCAGAAUUGAAAGUUCUUUUAGCUUAUGGUGGACACAUCACUGACGAUUCUCGUAAAUCAAACUUCUCAGUUCGUUUUAAUAUAUGCUUUUUUUCCAAAAGUAUUUACUUGGGUUAUUCAAAAACACAACAAAUUAUCAUGUAUCGAUCAAAUUCAAUAAUCGCGCAAUCAUCAGAAAAUAGGAAAAAUUUCGCUCAAUCAGCGGUUGAUUUUUUGCGCCGAAACAACUUUGACGGCAUGAUCCUACAGUGGGAAUAUCCGGUUAAUAUGGGUCUGGAACAUGCUACACUUGUUAGGGAGCUUAAAAAUGCCUUUAUGAGAGAAAGUCAGUCAUCUAGCCGAGACCAACUGCUUCUGACACUUGCCGUAUCUGCAGAGAAAAACGUGAUCGACAUUAGUUACGAUGUUGACUACUUUGAAGAGAAUGUUGAUUUGAUUUUUUUGCUGAGUUAUGAUUUCCACAAUGGUUUAGAGGCUACAGUUGAUUUACCUGCCAAGCUUUACUCAUCUCAACAAGGAGCUACUGAUAACGCUGCAUUCGCAGCCAAUUACUGGUCUAGUAUAGGCAUGCCGAAAGAGAAAAUUGUCAUAGGAAUCUCAGGCUUUGCUGCAGGAUGGACUUUAGCAGAUGCUUCGCAAACAGCCAUCGGAGCUAGAGCCAGUGGUCCUUCACCACCAUUGCGAACGGGCAAUGGAGGUGGUAGAGCUGCUUACCGCGAGGUGUUCUUUCAUUUACAUUCUAUUAAUAGAAGCAAAAAAAUCUGUAAUAAUCCAAAUGCAAAAGAAACGGUGGACAAGGAACUUGUUGGUGCAUAUUUAACUGAAGCAAAUAGGUGGUAUGGUUAUGAUAAUCCAGAAACCAUUAAAAUAAAGGUGAAAUGGCUGAAAGAACAAGGAUUUGCUGGUGCAUUCUUAUGGAGUCUCAAUUCGGAUGACUUCAAAGGAACCAACUGCGGUGUUGGUGUGUAUCCACUGUUGACUGCUAUCAAUGAAGCUCUAGAGACAGAUGAUGAAUCGGAAACAGAUGAAACAACAUUUACAAGUCCGACGCCCUCAACAACGCUUGCAUUAUCGAGUUCAACACCAGAAUUGCAAAGAGCAAAUAGAUCAACUACUGUUAGACCGAGCACCACAACAUCAAAUACUGUUAGAAUAAGUACUAAAAGGACUGUGAUUUUUGAGCACACUGACUUUAAGUGCCCUCAACGUGAUGGCUUAUUCGUAUAUCCAAAUGACUGCCGAAAAUUUUAUAACUGUGCAUUCAAUUAUCCGUUUGUGAUGACUUGCGGAGUAUUAACUUAUUACAAUGACGAAAUUAAAGGUUGUGAUCAUUGGUAUUCAGCUCCAACAGAAUGCAAAAAAGAAUUUUUUGACUCAUAA